AUGGCUAUUGGUUGCGUUUUGUUGGGCACAUAUGCGGUGGUCUUUGUAUUUUGGAUCUCUCAGUCCAUGAAUGUGAACCUUCCAUUGACAUAUACUGGCUAUGUCCUGUCCCUGGUUCCUGCUUAUUUUGCAUUUCAUGUUCUACGAACCAGCACGCGAGAAAAGCUGAAGCUCAUCACAGACCUUAAAGCCUUUGAUUUGGAAGGCGCUGAUUGCAGGAGUGACUAUGAUCGAGAUUUCAUUUUUGCAGGCAUCACUGCCUGGUAUGGCAGCAAGACAGCUUUCGCGGACUACGUGAGAGGGCCUCUCUUUGAUGAGCUGGUCAGGCCCUUGUCGAAGAACCAAGUGCCAAACGUCUAUUGGUGUUUGUUGUUGACACCAACCAUUGGGUCUGGCCUGGAAUUCCUCUUGGCCAUUUGGAAGGGUGGUGGUCCCAGCGCCGUGCUCCUUUCACAUUUUAUCGGCGUUGUCGUUGGAAUGCAGACACUGUGGAUGCUUGUGAGUCUUAAGCUGGGCUUUUACCUUUGUGAUCGCUUUGCGAGCCUGGGCCGCGUAGACUUCACCAAGACUUUGAUGAUCUUCUUGGUCUUCACCGUCUGUGUGGUUUUUGGUACCGCUUUGGCGACGCAAGCUUACGUUGAAAGCCAGUAUUUGGCGAUGGCUUUCGCGUGUGGUGCCGGACUGCUCGUUUUUUUGUCCUUUGGUGGCUGGAGGUGCAUUCGACUUUCACGAAGUACGACCAAGAACCUUGCAUUGUAG